AUGGCUGUCCGAUCCGCUUUUGACCCCAAGGACAUGGUCUUCCGCCACCUCGGCCCUACUGGACUGAAGGUCUCGGUCUUCUCGCUGGGUGGCUGGCUCACAUACGGUGGAACCCAGAAGGGCAACAUUGUCAAGGAAUGCUUGCAAGCUGCUUGGGACCACGGCAUCAACUUCUUCGACACUGCAGAGACAUACGCCAAUGGACAAUCCGAGAUUGAAAUGGGUAAUGCUCUCAAGGAGCUCAACUGGCCCCGAGACGAGUAUGUCUUGUCCACCAAGAUCUUCUUCGGCACCGGACGAAAAGAACCCAACACCCGUGGCCUGUCCCGAAAGCACAUUGUCGAAGGUCUCAAGAGCUCUCUGGAGCGUCUCCAACAACCAUACGUGGAUAUCGUCCUGGCCCACCGACCUGACUAUGCCACCCCCAUGAAGGAGAUCGUCGAGGGCUUCACUCAGGUGAUCCGCAACCUCAACCUUGCCUACUACUGGGGAACGUCGGAAUGGUCAGCCACUCAGAUCACGGAAGCUACCUUGAUCGCUGAGAAAUACAACCUGAUUGCCCCCAUCGCCGAGCAACCUCAGUACAACGCCUUCCACCGCCAACGGUUCGAGGUCGAGUAUGCUCCGUUGUACCAGGAGUACAAGUACGGCACCACCAUCUGGUCGCCACUCGCCUCCGGUCUCUUGACUGGCAAGUACAACGACGGCAUCCCCGAGGGCUCACGGUUCGCGAACCACAAGGAUUUCUUCGGCAGCACCAUCGAGUCGCUCCAGAAGCCCGAAGGUAAGGCCAAGAUCGAAAAGGUCAAGAAGUUGACCAGCAUCGCCGAACGGCUGGGCGGCAACAUGUCGCAACUGGCACUGGCGUGGUGCGCCAAAAACCCCAACGUCAGCACCGUCAUCCUCGGAGCCACCAAGGUCGAGCAGAUCGUGGACAACUGCAAAGCUCUCAAGCUGCUGGAGAAGCUGGACGACAAGACCAUGCAGGAGAUUGAGGAGAUCUUGGACAACAAGCCCGCCGCGCCGGCCAACUUCGGAAGAUCUAGGUAG